UGUCGAGACACCUCUGCAAGCCACCAACGACGUCGACCUCCGGUGAUACGGGACGAUCGAACCUAGCUAACGUCGAUCUCUCGCCGAGAGACACCGACUUCGAGACGUCAUACGUCGUCGUUGCUCGAGCUGACGCGGUUCCAUCGAUUUCUAAGAUUCUGUCAACUGACGAGCCGACCUGGAUCUCCGAGACACGGAGGUUUUAGUUUCGAGGUAGUUUUCGUGGACCGUCGGGGUGAAUCAGUGUUUCGUCAGAAGUUCCAUGAGACUAAGUUUCGAUGGGUGCUUUGUUUGUCAAAGUUUGUAAUAUUUUGAGUAUGAUACGAAUUUGGACAGUUGAACUGUUGACGUGCGCGAGUGUUGAAGAGUGAACUUGAUUAUAUAGUCUUGUAACUAGUAUAUUGCCUUUUAUAUAACGAGGAAUGUUCGUUGAUACACCAUGAACGGAGCAACGUCGGUUACUACUUCUGAAGAACAUCAGCAUCAACAUCAGCAACCGCAGAAUGAACCACCACCGGAGCAUCCGAGGAGCCCUACCAGCCCUUUGAGCAUUCGACAUGACUCUGGCGAGAGCAGCGUAAUCUCUCCAGGAUUACCAGAGCGUUACAGUCCUUUGGGGGCGACAGGAUCGACCUCGAGUCACGAUCCUUACGCCUCGAGGUCUGUUCAAGAAUGUCCGGUCCCCCUUUGCAGAGGAAUACCCACGGAUUUCCCUCUUGCGAGAUCGCCAUACUUAACUGCUUUGGGAAACGGACAUCCUCAUUUGUUGGGACAAGUUCAGCAGCAGCAGCAACAACAACAGCAACAGCAGCAGCAGCAGCAACAACAACAACUGCAACCGCAACAUGGCAGCAAACCACCACGCAGCCUUGGCUUGAUAUGCGUGGUCUGCGGAGAUACUAGCUCUGGGAAACAUUACGGAAUUCUCGCUUGCAACGGAUGCAGUGGUUUCUUCAAAAGAAGCGUGAGGCGGAAGCUGAUAUAUAGAUGUCAAGCCGGUACCGGAAGAUGUGUUGUGGACAAAGCUCACCGAAAUCAGUGUCAGGCGUGCCGUUUGAAGAAAUGUAUGCAGAUGGGAAUGAAUAAAGACGAACAUGUCUCUUCCACUUCAUGGAUGCUGUAUGCUGUACAGAAUGAACGGCAACCCAGAAACACUGCCACCAUUAGACCAGAGGCUCUCGUCGAGAUGGACCAGGAACGCGCGCUUCGAGAGGCAGCAGUAGCCGUCGGUGUUUUUGGACCACCUGUGUCUUUAGCUAUGGCGAGAUACACGACACCAUUGCCUUUACCCACCGUUGCACCGACAACAAAUUCGACGAAUCCUCCAACACCACCGCGGCAGGAUAAUGAAGAUGGAAAUGCAUCUGAAGAUAGUAUAGACGUAACAAAUGAGGAACCAUUGACACCCCAAAGAAGCGGUUGCACGCAAAUUCCGCCUGUGAUUCCCUCGUUGUAUUCGCCUGCUAGUGCUGAAACGGUCUACGAAACCAGUGCUAGAUUGCUUUUCAUGGCUGUAAAGUGGGCCAAGAAUCUUCCGUCUUUCGCGAGUUUGCCUUUCAGAGAUCAGGUGAUACUUUUAGAAGAGGCCUGGUCAGAGCUUUUCCUUCUGAACGCAGUACAGUGGUGCCUUCCACUCGAAUCGUCGCCUCUCUUCAAUUCCGCGGAACUGACUGCCUUGACUCUGUCGCCGCAUCCGCACCCUCAUUCCGGAAUCCAUAUGCAAACUACCACGGGCAAACCGAGUCAAGUUGCAGCAGAUGUGAGGCAUUUGCACGAUACCUUGCAGAGAUAUAAGGCUGUCAUGGUUGAUCCUGCCGAAUUUGCCUGUAUGAAGGCUAUAGUACUAUUUCGACCAGAAACCCGUGGCUUAAAGGAUUCCAGUCAGAUAGAAAACUUGCAGGAUCAAGCGCAAGUGAUGUUAGGCCAACACGCUAGGGCGCAGCAACCAGGAAGUCCAGCAAGAUUCGGCAGAUUAUUACUGUUACUGCCGUUGCUGAGGACAGUGCCAGCAUCGAGGGUGGAACUGAUAUACUUUCACAGAACAAUCGGCAACACUCCAAUGGAGAAAGUCUUGUGCGACAUGUAUAAAAAUUAAAGAUCAUUCUUCAGCGAUAUUUCACCCGGAACAAUAAAAAAGAAACAUUUCACGAGAAUUUUCGAAUAAUCGAUUCUUGUACAGUGCCACGUUAAAGUCAGGAUAAGUGAAAUUUUACCGACUUCAUAGUAUUGAGAAUAAUUUUAUUUCUGUAAGGUGUUCGUUCCAUUCUGUGACAUAGUUCACAUUUUUCCAUUAAAAUAAAACCUCGAACGUCAAAAAAUAUAAAAAUACGCGAAGUAUUCGACAUCGUAAUCGAAUCGUCACCAAAGUAAACGUAUCGCUGAUUUGAUCGAGAUUCCUUUGUAGUACCUGUACCUUCGGAUACAGUAUAUAAAAGAACACGAAGGACUUUUCUUUGCGAGAAUAUAUAAGUAUGCGAACUGAAGUGCAGCGUAGACGUUGAAAGUACUCAUUCAACAACAGAUUUGAAAAAAAAGACUAACAGGUAUGAAUAAACAAUUGAGCCGACUAAAUAAUCGAGAACGAUGUGUGAAAGCUUUGGCCUAAGGACGAAGCCCCAAGUAUGACCCUUUAAUAAAUUCUUCGCCUCGUCUAGUGAUUUCUUUCUACUAGAUCGGGACCGAGUAACGAUGGAUCCUUCGAGAAAAGUAACGAAUCGAUAAGUACAGUAUUUAGUUUAAUGGUUCAACGGUAUCUAAGUGAAACGAGGGAUACUCAGUUCUGACAUAAAGAUACAGAUAUAUACACAUAUUUAUUUAUUAUAAAAAUGUUUAUCGAACAUUAGGUUCGACGUGUUGACCAAGUCGUUUUAUCUUUCAGUUUUAAGUAGUCAAUUUUAUACGAAUCACACUAAUGACAAAAAUUUUCACUGGAGUAAAGAAUUUUUAUUUAAUUUAUUCGUGAGUUUUUUUAAGGUAUUAUUUAUGCUCACUGAAAUAUGUAAGAUAAGGUUUUGAAUAUACUUGAAUAACUGAUACAAACUUUCGGACAGCUGUAAAAAGAUACACGUCUGUGCUUUUCUUGUAUAUUUCGUGUUGUGAUACUAUUUGCUGUAAAAGUCUAGAUACUGAGUCACAUGACAUAUAUUGUAAUGAUUACCUAACCACUUGUAAUAAAAGUACACAUGCGUAAGAAUCGUCAAGACGCCCUCCCAUCAACCCCCUCCAUUGCGAUUUAUUUAUCAUCAUGUUAAAAUUUACAAUUUCAAUUUUCGUUUGGUCGCUAUAAAUAAAAAUUUAUACUUUUAUUUAUAUUUACUCUAUUUAUAUUAUUUACAUUAAUAUAUUAUACAUAUACUAUAUAUAAUAUGUUACAUAUAUAUACAAUCUAUUUACAACAAUA